GAGGAUCAAGACAGCACGUAGACCUUGCACAGCCUCUCCCACAGGUACCAUGAAGGUCUCCGCGGCGGCCCUCGCUGUCAUCCUCAUUGCUACCGCCCUCUGCGCUCCUGCAUCUGCCUCCCCAUAUGCCUCGGACACCACACCCUGCUGCUUUGCCUAUAUUGCCCGCCCACUGCCCCGUGCCCACAUCAAGGAGUAUUUCUACACCAGUGGCAAGUGCUCCAACCCAGCAGUCGUCUUUGUCACCCGAAAGAACCGCCAAGUGUGUGCCAACCCAGAGAAGAAAUGGGUUCGGGAGUACAUUAACUCUUUGGAGAUGAGCUAGGAUGGAGAGUCCUUGAACCUGAACUUACACAAAUUUGCCUGUUUCUGCUUGCUCUUGUCCUAGCUUGGGAGGCUUCCCCUCACUAUCCUACCCCACCCGCUCCUUGAAGGGCCCAGAUUCUACCACACAGCAGCAGUUAUAAAAACCUUCCCUAGGCUGGAUGUGGUGGCUCAUGCCUGUAAUCCCAGCACUUUGGGAGGCCAAGGUGGGUGGAUCACUUGAGGUCAGGAGUUCGAGACCAGCCUGGCCAACAUGAUGAAACCCCAUCUCUACUAAAAAUACAAAAAUUAGCCGGGUGUGGUGGCCCAUGCCUGUAAUCCCAGCUACUCGGGAGGCUAAGGCAGGAAAAUUGUUUGAACCCAGGAGGUGGAGGCUGCAGUGAGCUGAGAUUGUGCCACUUCACUCCAGCCUGGGUGACAGAGUGAGACUCUGUC